AUGAGUGCCCCAGGCGCAGGCCACGAGUUCAAGCCCUAUCCCGUAGCAUGGAACAAGCGGGACUGUCUCCUCUUCGCCAACAGCAUCGGAGGAACAGUCGAUGAACUGCAGUUCCUCUACGAACUCCACCCCAGCUUCUCCGUCUUCCCAACCUACCCCAUCCUCCUCCCCUUCAAGCACGAAGAACAAGAUGUCAUCGACUUCUACGCCGCCCAAUCCUCCUCCAGCAUGGCGAUCCCCGGCGCCCCGAAACUCGACCCCAAACGCGUCGUCGACGGCGAGCGCGCCAUGACCUUCUACGAACCCCUUCCCACCACCUCCGCCGGCCGCAAAUUCGAGAUCCGCGGUAAGUGCAUCGGCAUCUACGACAAAGGCAAGCCGGGCACGGUCGUGGAGUCCCAGAACGACCUCGUCGACGCCGAGUCCGGGGAGGUAUACGCGCGCAUGACCGGGUCAGGGUUCUACGUCGCGCAAGGCGGAUGGGGAGGGCCGAAGGGACCGAAGGCGCCGAACUACAACCCACCCGAGGGCAAGGAGCCCGAUGCGGUGUACGAGCAAGCCACAUCGGCGGAGAUGGCGCAUCUGUACCGGUUGAAUGGGGAUUACAACCCGUUGCACGCGACGCCGGAGCCGGGGAAGCAGAUGGGGUUCGGCGGCGCGAUUAUGCACGGGUUGUAUUCGUGGAAUACUUCGUGUCAUAGUCUGUUGAAGACGAUGGGAGGGAGUGAUCCGAAGAAUAUCAAGGAGUUUGCUGCGAGGUUCGCGUCGCCUGUCCUGCCUGGAGAUACGCUUGUGGUGCAGAUGUGGAAGAUGGGGGAGAAGGACGGAGAGGGGUUUGAGGAGGUGAGGUUUGUGACGACGGUUAAGAAGACGGGCAAGGUGUGUUUGAGCAAUGGGAGGGCGAAGGUGAAGGUUGUUGGGCAGAAGGAGAAUCGGACUAGUAAACUGUAG